GAGGAACAGGAGAUCGCACGUUGAGUCUCAACGGUAGCGGCGCGUGGGAAAGCGGGUAUAGCACCGUUUGACAGUCUGCUGAUGUGAAUUCCCGCUCCUCCUCUCACCGCUGGCGCAAGGAGAGCAGCUUAAUCUGCGUACUGGUGAGGCUGCCCAGAGCAGCAGCUGCGUUUUUCGGAGAGAGGAUCAGAGACACGGAGCGAGAGAGAGGGGGAGAGAGAGAGAGAGAGUCUGGCUGAGCAUCUCUCAGGAUGAAGAAAAGCAGGAGUGCACAGGGGGUUACGCCAGGCGAUGAGAAUAAGGAGCCUCCUGUGGGGCAAUUUUCCACGACCAAUACCCUCGGGGUAGAGGUGUGCAAAGUCCACAGGCGGUUUUCUGGCAACCUGCAGCUGCCUCCGUUGUCAUGGCGACAAGCCGAAAAGGAGAGAGACAGGGGCAGGGCGCUCACACCUGACGAGGAUCCGGUGACCCGGACCAGACCCACAAGCCUGCCCAUCGCCUCCCUGCCUCGCAUCGACAUCACACAGGCCGACCCUGAAAGCUUUGAAGUGGAGAAUGGCCAGUCGCUGUGCUGCAGUCCAUCAGACCCGCAGGCGUCCCCGGGUUCAGGUCUGGUUCUGCACCCCAACUUCGCAGGACAUGGCCAGCGCAGAGAGUCCUUCCUGUACCGCUCUGACAGCGACUACGAACUGUCGCCGAAAUCCUUGUCUCGAAACUCUUCCAUUGUUGGAGAACUGCAUGGAGAGGACUUGAUUGUGACUCCAUUUGCCCAGGUUCUGGCAAGCCUUCGGACUGUCAGGAACAACUUCACCACCCUGACAAAUGUACAAUGUGUAUCCAAUAAGAGGUCUCCUGCGGCAAAUCAGCCUUCUGUCACCAAAGUCUGUCUGUCAGAUGAGUCCUACCAGAAGCUGGCUAUGGAGACCAUGGAAGAGCUGGACUGGUGUUUGGACCAGUUGGAAACCAUCCAGACCUACCGCUCUGUCAGUGACAUGGCCUCCAACAAGUUCAAGAGGAUGCUGAACCGGGAGCUAAGCCACCUGUCUGAGAUGAGUCGCUCAGGCAACCAAGUGUCAGAGUACAUCUCCAACACCUUCCUAGACAAGCAAAAUGAGUUGGAGCUUCCAUGUCCAGUUCCCAAGUCCAGGGAAAGGAAGAGGAGGCAGGGCCAGCAGCAGCAGCAGACGCAGCAGACUCAGACGCAGCAGCAGCAGCAAGGUGGGAUGAUGACUCAGAUCAGCGGGGUGAGGAAGGUCAGCCACACGCCCAGCAUAUCUGGGAGCACCGGCAAUCGCUUCGGGGUCAAGACAGACCAAGAGGAACUGCUGUCAAAGGACCUGGAAGACAUCAACAAAUGGGGAUUGAAUAUCUUCAAAGUGGCCGAACACUCCCACAACCGACCGCUCACAUGUAUCAUGUACACCAUCUUUCAGGAGCGAGACCUGAUGAGGACGUUCAAGAUUCCAACGGACACCUUUGUGACGUUCAUGCUGACCCUGGAGGGCCACUAUCACUCCGACGUGGCCUACCACAACAGCCUGCACGCCGCCGACGUAGCCCAGUCCACACACAUCCUCCUGUCCACCCCCGCACUGGAUGCGGUCUUCACUGAUCUGGAGAUCCUGGCAGCCAUAUUUGCUGCAGCCAUUCACGACGUGGACCACCCAGGAGUGUCCAACCAGUUCCUCAUCAACACCAACUCCGAGCUGGCUCUGAUGUACAACGAUGAGUCAGUGCUGGAGAACCACCACCUGGCUGUGGGCUUCAAACUGCUGCAGGAAGACAACUGCGACAUCUUCCAAAACCUCAGCAAGAAGCAGAGGCAGACGCUCCGGAGAAUGGUCAUAGACAUGGUACUGGCAACUGACAUGUCUAAACACAUGAGCCUGCUGGCUGAUCUGAAGACGAUGGUGGAAACCAAGAAGGUGACCAGCUCUGGAGUUCUGCUGCUGGACAACUAUACUGACAGGAUGCAGGUUCUGCGGAACAUGGUUCACUGUGCGGACCUGAGCAACCCCACCAAACCCCUGGAUCUGUACCGGCAGUGGACAGACAGGAUCAUGGAUGAGUUCUUCCACCAGGGAGACAGAGAGAGGGAGCGGGGGAUGGAGAUCAGCCCCAUGUGUGACAAACACACAGCGUCAGUGGAGAGAACACAGGUUGGCUUCAUCGACUACAUCGUCCACCCUCUGUGGGAGACGUGGGCCGACCUGGUCCACCCCGACGCACAGGACAUCCUCGACACACUUGAGGACAACAGGAACUGGUACCAGAGCAUGAUCCCCCAAAGCCCCUCCCCUCCAUUCUACACCAGUGACGGAGAAGGAGGCCCACACGGGGAGGUGGAGGGGGGACCUGUGGCGAGUAAAUUUCAGUUUGAACUGACGCUGGACGACCACGACCAACAGGGUGGAGACGGGGAGAGCGGGAUGAUGGAGACAACUGACGGAUGUGACGCUGUGACACUCCAAAGCCAUCCCUCUGAUCAGGACAGGGUAGAAAUGGCGACGCGUGACGUCUCCCCAGCGGAAACAUAGCUGAACUGACGGCAUUCUUCGAGUGCAGCACGUUUUGCUGUUUUUGGCUGAAUUCAUUUUAUUGCAGUGGAGCAAUCCUGCAAUCUGGCUCUUUGGAGAUGCCUGGCUAAGAGGGCCUGACUGAAUGUGGGGCACCCCUGCAAAGGAGGCUCGGAAACCCUGUGGCCGUUUGUUUUUGAGCCCCAGACGGGAGCUGGAAGAGUGUAGCCUCUGUUCUUUAAAGAAGGAACUACUGUCGGACUGCAGAGGCAGGGCUGAAUCUUGGUCCUCGCAGACAAAAAAAAAAAAAAAAAAAAGGUGAAGUGGACGAUAUGAAUCCGUGUACUUUGACAAGUUUAAAAAAAAAAAAAAAAACAUCCAAAACUUGCACUUCAGGACAUUUUUUUAUGUUCAUUACAGUUCUUUGUAUUGUGUCCAGAUUGGAUGCCACCUGACAAAGUGUCCAAGCAAAACUACUGGUCAGCAAGUUAUUUGUAACCAAGUAGUUUUUUCUAACACUUGUUUAACAAAAAACAACAACAACAAAAAAAAGUUGUGUGCCUUUUUUUUUUUACAGCCAUGUCCUUUUGUAAAUGUUUUUAUAAUUUAUUGAACACAUUCAUGUAGCUGUAAAAUGUGUCUAAUUUUCUAGAAAAAAAAAGGACAUCUUUGUCUCACACAGUCUUCCUAAUGUUCUGGCAAUAGUAUAAGCUUGUUCUCACAAAAGCGUUCAGUGGAUGUAUUUCUAAAAUCAGUCGACUUCCCAGCACAAUUUGCACUUUGUGGCAUACAGAAAGAGGAAGAGAGUGUGGAAAGCAUUAGUUGUUUAUAGAGUCAACUGAUUUAUCCAGCUAUUUUUUUCCAAUAAUACAUUACAAGUAAUUCAAUUAUUCAUAGAUCUGAUUCCUUGAAAGUGGGAAAACAUUUUGUAUUUUUGAGUCCAAAACAAAAAACUAACGAACAAAAAAAGAAAAACUCCAAAGAUCUUGUAAAGAAAGCACUUUCAGAUUGAUUGCUUACAUUUUCCUGUGUCUAAAUAAAAAGAUCAGGCAAAUGCAAGUUAAAUUACACCAAAAAUAUCGAAUAAAAAAAAAAAAAAUUAUUCCAUAACCCUGUAUUGUGCUGAGCUAUAUUCCAGGAUGGGAACUUUGUUUCCACCUUGCGAUUCUCCUCUUUUCAUUAGCUCACCCACAAACAAACACACACGCCCUGUUGUGGUUAACUUUCAUUCCAUCCUCGUGAACAUGCUUUACACCGUAACUCAUUCUGAACUUUGAAUGACUGUAAGACUGCGUGCACAUUUAUAACGACACCUGUCAGUGAUAUAUGAUAAUUGUAUCUUGUAGUUAUUAUUCCAGCACUUUGAAUAUGUCGACAGUUCAGCAGCUGGUUGCUGAUCUGUCCGUCACUACCUUAAAGGUACCACAUUGUAAGGUGCAACCUUCAGAAUAAGGGGUGGGGGUGGGGGGGGGGGCAGUAUCAUGUCAUGACAUGAUAUCUCCUGUGUGUGUGUGUGUGUGUGCGUGUGUGUGUAUGUAAGUGGUUACACAGUUGCACAAUCUUGUUGCACCCAGCUGUGUUGUGCUGACCCUUCAGCUGUUUGUAACAGUAUAUUUAUUACCUUUUCCUUGUACAUGAUAAUAUUGAUAUUGAUUGAUAAUAUUCACUGUAUAUUUAUAUGCACUACCACGUGUCAAAUCACAGUUUGACUGAACUCGUCCGGUGGUUCUGAUUUAUUGUAUUCAGCAAGCCAUUUUGCUAUAAGACCAUAACAGGAAGUUAUGCAGUUCAAUUUUUUUUUUUUUUUUUGGACAAUUUGAACAAACAAGUGAAACGUUUGGUUUGAGAUUCCUGCCAGAAAUGUUUGUACAGUCUGAACCAACAACACCUCACGUGAGGGGCAGAAGAAGGUUUUUUGUUUUUUGUCUUUUGUUCCUGGCGGAUUAUGAAGGCUGGAUAUUUACUGCAGUACGUUGUGUACGGUGACGGGUCAUUGUACAGCUAUAGGAAUAUUUGCUGAAAUAUAUAACAUUGUUUCAAAUGUAUUUUUUCAGUGUUUUCCUCACAGUAUAUGGUUAAAUGGUGUAUGUUGUGCUCAACAAAUGUUUUCUAUCAGAUUAUUAAAAUGGGCAUGUAUUACAGAA